UGGGACUACAAUCUGGGGGAAUUUAUAAGACAGCAACAAUACCCCACAGAAUCUGUUCAGAUUGUUUCUAUCUAUACAUUCUACGUUUCAAUCUCGAAACCCCAUUCCACAAUGAAGUCUUCUUUUAUUUUAGGAGCGUUUAGCUUCCUCGCUGCUAGUACCGGUUGUACCGCAGAUAUGACCGUACCUGAAAGCCUGUUGCUCAAGUCUAUCGCUGAAUCGGUCUCUCUGCCAAUGUACACUUGGUCGGCCAAUGGCACCCAUACCGCCAAGGGAUACACCAGCAAGGCGGGCGAUGAAACCAGCGUCGAGGGUAUGAAGGAGGACUGCGACAACAUCAACCUGAACAAGAAGGUUGCUGUCGACUUUCGCAGCGACGUUUUCGGUCCUGGCUUGAUCGGAUACUUCUACAAGUGCGAGAAGAUCCGUGAUGAUACCAACCUCUACUGGUUCACCAUCAGUUCCGGCAAUCCCUCCCUGAUCGACAAGUUGUGUGAUCCCAACACGAAUUAUCCCAUCGUCUAUGACUCGCAGCACAAUGCCUGGUGGAUUGAUGAGCCGUUUAACUGCACUCAGCGUACCUCCCCAUCCACGCAUUCUCGGUAAGGGUGGAUCGAUCGGAGAUUUGACCAUGAAAAGACGGCCAUGACUGAGUCAGCACGCAAAGUGCGAAUAAUCGCAGGAAUCAUAUUAGGGGUCGCAGUGAGCUCUGAAAUGAGCCUGGUCUCUCUCAUUCUAUCAACCUCUCCUAUACAUAUCACCUUUACGGCGAAUAUAAAUCUGUAUCUCGGACCAAGUUUUGGAGAGGUACAUCCAAAAAGAGCCAUUUCUUAUGAUUGACUCUAUCCAAUGCCUUGAUUCAUCGAUGUUCUGCCCACGUUGAUGGGGGGUUUCUAGGUAUCCU